AUGCGCCUCGGCAAGGGCUCCCUCUUGACAAAGGUAGAUAUCCGUAAUGCAUUUCGCCUGUGUCCCGUCGCCCCCUCGGACUGGCAUCUUCUCGGGAUCCGUUGGAACGGCAUGUACUAUUACGAGAAGGUCCUUCCAUUUGGUCUCCGCUCCUCACCAUUCAUCUUCAACCAGCUGGCAACGGCUAUCAACUGGGUCCUUGUCUAUGUCGGCUCCUUGCCCGACGUAAUGCACUACCUCGAUGACUUCCUCGACAUCUGCCCACCAAGCUCCUCCCUGGCGGCCAAGCACAAGGCCAUCAUCUUGGACUUGUUCCAGUUCUUGAACAUACCUGUCGCCACAGAGAAAGUUGAGGGCCCUUCCACUGUCCUCACCUUCCUCGGUUUGGAACUGGACACCGAUCGCUUGGAAGUGCGUCUGCCUCAGUCCAAGCUUCUGGCCCUACGUCGUUUAGUCUCUACCACCCUCGACAAGGGUUGCGUUCUCAAACGCGAACUCGCCUCACUCCUGGGCCACCUCUCGUUCGCUUCCAGAGCAAUUCCUGCCGCCCGUACAUUCUUACGCCGCCUGUAUGACCUCGACAAGGCCACAUCUGAGAUGUCAUCUCACCGAAUGCUGCACCUCUCAGCCUCAGCCAAGGGCGACCUGAGCUGGUGGCACCAGACUCUGUCAACAUGGAACGGAAAGUCAUUUUUCCUGCUGGAGAAGUGGAUGCCCAGCGCUGACCUCCAGUUGCAAACCGACGCAAGUGGCACCAUUGGAUUUGGAGCCUUCUUCAAUGGUCGCUGGUUCAGAGGUGACUGGUCUCCGCAGCAACUGGAACUAAGCAUUACCUACAAGGAGCUCUUCGCCAUUGUCGCGGCCUGCACCACAUGGGGGAUCGAGUGGCUGCGGCUGCGUGUGGAGUUUCAGUGCGACAACCAAGCUGUCGUGGAGUGCCUGAAGACGGGCACGAGCCGGUCUCCUGCAGUCAUGGCACUCAUCCGCACCCUGUACUCAAUCUGUGCGAAGCACAAUUUCCUGAUCCGAGCAUCGCACCUGCCAGGAAUUUCCAAUACCAUCGCUGAUGCCCUGUCCCGGAACAAGAUGGAUGCCUUCAGGACCUUUGCUCCUACAGUUGCGGAGUGGCCUGACACCGUGCGCAAGCUCACGUUAACGCCGAGACCAUAG